AACGAGCGGUCCCUGAAUGCGUCCCGCGGAGCAGGUCAGUCGACGAGAAGAAGCAGGAAGCGGCGGUUGGUUUUCGGGCUGAAGCGGAGCACAAAAACCGACAAAAAACCGACAAAAACACGGUCCAACCGGCGGAUAAAUCUACGGUGUUGACGCGGGAGAAGACUCCGGUUCCGUGGAAAUGUCUUUCGUCGCGGUUUUUGUCCUUUUGGGGACAGGACUGGCGGUAAACUGCGAGACUCAUUCCCUCACCUACAUCUACACGGCCUUCUCCAAACCCGUGGGCCUCCCGGGCAUCCACGAGUUUACGGCCAUGGGUCUGCUGAACGACCGGAUGAUCGACUACUUCGACAACGACCUCCAGAAGAAGGUCCCCAAGCAGUACUGGAUGGAGCAGAAGCUCCCUGCAGACUACUGGGUCAAAGGGACCCAGUCCCGCCAGAGCAAACAGCAGUGGUUCAAGGUCAACAUCGACAUCCUGAAGAACCGCAUGAGACAGAACGACACGGAUGUCCAUGUCCUCCAGUGGAUGCACGGCUGCAAAGGGGUAAUGAAGGACGGCAAGAUGGAGUUCGUUCGAGGCACGGACAUGUACAGCUACGACGGAAACGACUUCCUGUCAUUUGACGACAGCAACAGCGUCUGGGUCGCCCCAACUGACGCCGCGGUCCAGACCAAGAGGAAGUGGGACGAGGUCCAGGUCCUGAAGGAAUACACCAAAGGCUACCUGGAGAACGAGUGCAUCGAUUGGUUGGAGAAGUUCGUAAAUUAUGGACAAAAGCAGCUCCAAGAAGCCAUCCCCCCGAAGGUGCACCUGUUCACCAGGAACACCAAAGUUGACGCCAACAUCCGCCUGACGUGCCUGGCCACGGGUUUCCUACCCAAAGAGAUCACGCUGCGCAUGAAGAGGAACAGCCGCAUCCUGACUCCCCAGGACGGGGUGGAGUCCAGCGGCGUGCGUCCCAACGGGGACGGCACCUUCCAGAGACGGGACGGCGUGGAGAUUCUCCGGAGCGACCUGUCCACCUACACCUGCGAGGUGAUCCAUCAGGCGUCCAACCUACACGUGGAGGAGGAGUGGGAUCAUAAAGUUCCUGACCAGACUGGAGGAAUCAUCGGGGGGGCGAUCGGAGCCUUGAUCUUGAUCUUGAUCCUGGUCGGGGUCGCGGUGAUGCUGGUCGUCUUGUACAAAAAAGGGAUUAUUAAAAAACCUUCCAGCAGCCCAACGAGCAGUCAUCAACAAUUUACGGGAGCAUUUCCCCACCUCUGUAAAGACGGAAUCCGCAUUGUUCCUCUUCAAAAGGUUUUCGACAUGGGCCAAACCCCUCCUUCCAAACCCCUUGGAGUAGACUUUACAGGGAGGCGUAGGGGGCGACCCUCCUCCACCGGGGUAAACUCCAACGAAACGGGGCCAGCCGGGGGUGUGAGUAUCCCCCCCACCCGCCCCGGGCCUCUCACCCUGGGGAACUGGAGUAGGACAGAGUCCCCCCCUACCAGGAGGGGGGGCGUUCCAGUCCCCGGCCGCUCUGCCCCCCCGGGUCUGGGCCUCGAGGCCCCUGACCCUUUGCCGCCACCCCUAUGGCGCGCACCCGACCCCAGCGGUUCCUCCCAAAAUGGGAGCCCCUGGGUGGAAUGGGGGGCCCCGGUUCUUGGGCUGUGCCCACCCGGGGUCCGUGGCAAACCCGGCCACCAGGCGCUGCUGACGACCCCCCGUCUGGGCCGGCCCAGAGGGGGCCCCCGGCCCCCCGGGAGGGGCAUCCCUCUCUUCCUCGGCUCUCAUAGGGUUUUUUAA